CGUCUAUUAAAAGUAUAUGGAAAGGAAUAUCCCUAAGCUUUGUAUUUGUUUGGUGUAUAUAGAGAAGUAGAAGAAUCAUUAGUCGUUUCUUUGUAGUAUCGUACGCCGUACGGUCUCGGAGGGUUGAACUACAAUGGGAAGUGGAAGCAGAAUCUUUCUUACUCAUGGAACUGUACACGAUCCCUAAUUACCUUCCACUCAAACUCUGAUUCUUCAUCUUUCCUCAACUUUUCUGGUUUCGAUUGCGUGUUUUCCGAGCAAUAUCGAUGGAUUUCGAUGAUAGUUUACCGAUCAGCGAGCGACCGGAGUGGUACGACGUGACUCCGCUUCCGCAGGACGAUGGUCCGAAUCCGAUUGUGGCGAUCGCCUACAAAGAAGACUUCUCUCAGCUCAUGAGUUAUUUCCGAGCUGUUUAUCGAGCAGAUGAGCGUUCUCCUCGUUCUCUCCACCUCACUGCUGAAGCCAUUGCUAUGAAUCCUGGCAAUUACACUGUCUGGCAUUUCAGGCGUUUGAUACUCGAGGCUCUUAAUGUUGAUUUACAUGAUGAACUAAAUUUCCUUGACAACAUUGCUGAGUCUAACACCAAAAACUAUCAGAUAUGGCAUCAUAGGAGAUGGGUUGCUCAGAAACUGGGAACCAAUGCGGCAAACAAAGAGCUUGAAUUCACCAGAAAGAUUAUCUCCCUUGAUUCCAAAAAUUAUCAUGCUUGGUCUCAUAGACAGUGGGUUCUUCAGGCUCUGGGUGGAUGGGAAGGUGAACUUGACUAUUGUCACGAGCUUCUAAAGGAAGAUGUUUUUAAUAAUUCUGCAUGGAAUCAGAGAUACUUUGUCAUAACCAGAUCUCCCUUACUGGGUGGCCUACAAGCCAUGAGAGAAUCUGAAGUGAAUUAUACUGUUGAAGCCAUUCUUGCUCAUCCUGAAAAUGAGAGUUCUUGGAGAUAUCUGCGUGGACUUUACGCCGGUGACACACAGUCAUGGAUUAUUGCUUCUCAAGUUUCUUCGGUCUGUUUGAAAGUUUUGAAGAGUAAAAUUAACUUUUUGUUUGCUUUGAGCACCCUGUUGGAUCUUCUCUCCCAUGGUUUCCCGUCAACCCAAGAGUUCAGAGAUGCUGUUGAUGCUUUGAGGGUACCAGACGACAAUCAAACAGAUUCCAACCUAGCCAAAACUGUAUGUUUAAUCUUGGAACGUGUUGAUCCAAUCCGAGUUAACUAUUGGCUCUGGCAGAAGAGCAAGCUCCCGCAGUAAAAAGUUCAAUUCAUCAGCUUAUUUUGGCCAUCCUUGAGGUUCAUUUUAAUGUUCACUGUUGAGAGUUGGAUUCAACAUCCACAGUUCUUGGUGACCAAAUCUUGAGAAUAGUACUUUGCCACUAAAGAUAACUCUCUAAUUCAACGUGAUUGACAAAAGAAUUAAAAAAGAAAAGAAAAAACUCUUUUGCUAGAUGAAGGCACUGUCUAUUUCGCUUGUAUACUGAAAAACAGGUAAUAUCAAACCAAGUUUUGUACAUUCAAUAUCUUUAUAAUUCUUUCGCUAUU